AUGGGUUGUGGUGCAUCAGAAGUAUCAAAUUCUCUCGACAAUCAUCCUCAUCCUAAUACUAAAGCAACAGUAAUGCCAUCAUCGUCCACUAAUUUAUUAAAUCAGCGAUUUGAUUCAAAUAGCAUCAUUCCAAAACGGGAUCAUCGAACCGAUACACACGAAAUUAUUCAAAAUUUUCUUUUGAUUUGGCUUGAUGAAAACAUCGAUGAAUCUAGCGAUGAUCAUCUCAAUUCUAUUAAACAACUACGACGAACAAUCAAUACCAUUGAAAUAUUUCAUGAUACAAAUGAAUGUAUUGGUUACAUGUCACGAGUACAAAACGAAAAGUCGUUCCUCAUUAUUUCGGGAGCUCUAUGUGAAAGUGUUGUGCCAGGUAUUCAUGAUAUGAUACAACUGCAUUCAAUUUACGUCUUUUGUCGACAACAAGAAAGAUAUGAAGAAUGGGCAAAAGACUACUCCAAAUUGGCUGGUUUUUGCAACAACAUCGGUUUGGUGUAUUCUCACAUGGGCGAGUACUCGAAAGCACUUUCAUCGUACGAAAGAUCACUUGAAAUCCGAAAAAUAGUUCUCCCUUCGAAUCAUCCUGACUUGGCUGCUUCCCUUAACAGCAUUGGUAGCGUGUGUAACACCAUGGGCGAGUAUUCGAAAGCACUUUCAUCAUACGAACGUUCACUUGAAAUCAAGAAAAUAGCUCUCCCUUCGAAUCAUCCGGACUUGGCUACCUCCUACAACAACAUCGGUAAUGUAUACUCUAACAUGGGCGAGUACUCGAAAGCACUUUCAUGGUACGAGCGAUCACUUGAUAUCCAGAGAAUUGCUCUUCCUCCGAAUCAUAUCGACUUAGCUGCUUCCUACAAUAAUAUCGGUAAUGCGUAUAGAAACAUGGGUGAGUAUUCGAAAGCACUUUCAUCACAUGAACGAUCUCUUGAAAUCCGACAAAAAGCUCUUCCUCCGAAUCAUCCUGACUUAGCUUUUUCCUACAACAACAUUGCUAGUGUAUAUAACAACAUGGGUGAGUAUUCAAAAGCACUCUCAUUUCUCGAAAGAACACUUGGUAUCUUCGAAAAAUCACUGUCUCCAAAUCAUCCAUAUAUUGCGGUAGUGAAAGGAAGUAUUGACAAAGUAAAAAAGAAAAUGUAA